GCGACAGUCAGAGAAGAUGGCGGACAGGCUAACACAGCUUCAGGACGCAGUCAAUUCCUUGGCUGAUCAGUUCUGUAAUGCCAUUGGAGUACUGCAGCAGUACGCGCCGCCUGCUUCCUUCAGCAACAUCCAGACGGCCAUCAACAAGGACCAGCCAUCAAACCCCACAGAAGAGUAUGCACAGCUUUUUGCAGCCCUGAUCGCAAGGACAGCUAAAGAUAUCGAUGUGUUGAUUGACUCUCUGCCUAGUGAAGAAUCAACAGCUGCUUUACAGGCUGCUAGUCUAAGGCAGUUGGAAGAGGAGAACCAUGAGGCAGCAGCACGACUGGAAGAAGUGGUGUACAGAGGAGAUCUACUACUGGAGAAGAUCCAAAGUGCUCUGGCUGAUAUUGCCCAAUCACAGCUACGCACACGAAGUGGUACAUCCAGCCAGUCCGCGAGCCCUGAAUCAUGACUCGUACUGUUUCAGGUCAAACAUGGACUGACAUGCACUGCAGGGACUUUUAUACUCCACAUUCACCUGUUGUAGGGAAGUAUUCAUUGACAUUUCAGCUGAGAGGAGAACAACUGACUAUAGUGGGAAGACAGAUGUUCUGAUGCUGCCUGUGUUCCAGUCUCUAAUAAUGCUUACUAAUAAGACAACACCUUUAACAGUGAAGUGGAUGUGUGCUAGUUAAAAGCCUGCCUCUUCAUAAUAAUCACCACAUGGAUCUUUGUGAAUGAGCCUAUUCACACAGCAGAAUAGAUGGUACGGUCUGAAGUGUUGAUGUUCACUCACUUACAAUAGCCUGAAUAUGCAUCCUUUGGUGAUGAGGAAAGAGAUGUUUAUUUUUUCAAAGCUGUAAGCCUUUUUAUUCAUAUACCAUAGUGUGUCCGUUAAUGUUGAAUGUUUUUGUGUGGCUGUUUGUUUUUUUUUACCCCCCCAUGCAGAUUUACUUGUGUACAGUGUUCAUCUUUUCAUCCUGGGUUAAGAGAAGCAGUUUUUGUAUUUUGCAUAAUGUAGAGCCGUGCUAGGAUGAAAAGAAGUGUACACUUCAAAAGCGACAGUUGUGUGAGAUUUAGUUUGCAUCUCAUUAAUGGCAAAUAUCAAAUAUUAAACUUGGUUGCUAGUCAAACAGUUGAGAAUUUGACUGCAUUGUUUACAAGCAAUUUUGUAACUCUUUGUCAUUCACAGUUAGACCUUUGAACUGUGAUUAUGUGAAGGGCAAAUCCUUAUGGAAUCAAGAAAUUUCACAUUGGAGCUUGAGUCGAUGUUUCCUGACUUCCCAGACAUGGAUUAAUCCUAGUCUUGGUCUAAAUUGAAUUGUGCCAAUGGAGAAUCACCACUGUUUUUUUUUUGUCUAGAAAUAGCCUUGAUCUGGGUCUGGGAAACUGGCCCUUAUUGUUUUAGCUGACUCUGUCAGGAGACACUUUUUGUGCUGAAAGUCCAUUUUCAGAAUCAAAGAUAAAUUGAUGUUUCAGUAUUUCAAUAAAUUGAUUUUAAUAAA